GCCUCAGUCCUUGUACUGCAAAGCCAGCCAGCCAGAUUUCAGCUUCUCAAUGUUGUGACUGGACUGUUGUUGAAUCUCUAAGACCUUGUUCAAACUACUCCUUCAAUAGCCUGUGGUAGUACGACUCAAAUGGCUGACAUAUCUCGACAGUCGUCACCGCGAAUCACACCAAUUUCUGCUUCUCCAAGUCGACCAUCACCAUUGUCCAGACCACAUUGGCCGUAUUCCACGUACACUCACCGCUCAUCUUCUUCAGUCGUGUCUGCGCACUCUAGUGGGGGUACUUCCGGCACGCAGGGCUGGGACCUAAGAGCUUCCACUUCAAGUCCCAGUCUGUUAUCCUCUACAAGCGGGACACCGAUGAGGCGUAAUUCGAGCAUUAUGAACCCUACCUCCACAAUGAUGCACAAUGAAGAGAAUACGAGGCAUUGGUCGUUCACUGCAUUCGAGUGGAUUGUGAAGGACGUUCACAAACUCAAGGAAUUCGUUGAGGAUGAGAUGACCACCAGUGAUGAGAAUGCGGCAAGCUCAGAUGGCGGUCAAGCAUCGGCUGAUAUCGAAGUUCUGAAAGAGUCACCUAUGCUCGGGGACGGCAAAUUCAAGUUGGAAAUAGCGAAAUCCCCCGCUCCGGACGCGUCUGGUACAACGACACCAGUCAUUCGGACGCAACCCCCAACAUUAUCCUUAUACAUUACAUCUGUAAUGCUUGAGUAUGCACAUACGGACUAUGAGAUCUACACGUCCAUGUUUGCAGGCAUCAAAUGUCAAGAUGAUCGAGUUGGUGAGCGAGGUGCCCGUCCGGACUGGGCCUGGGAGUUCUGGCAGAGUGACUGGGUAUUUAGGGAGGAUAGCGAAGUCUGGGAAUGUCCUUUGCCUCCUUUAUCAGUGCUGCUGGAGAUCCCGCGGAUUCGGGAGACAAACUCAUUCGUAAUCUGUGUGCAGAUUCACUCUCCUGUUGGACCGUUCUUUCCACAACAGCCCUCAGUUGCAUAUGUUCCCCGAGACCUGCUCGACGGUUUGGAAGCUUCUUUGGAUAAUUCUAAUACCGGCGAUGUACAAUUUAUUUGCCUUGAGCGUAGAAAUUCCAGUGAAAUACUUGAGGAAAGCCCCGAUUCACCAAACACAGAGGUCCCCGGGAGUCGACGAUCAUCAUCUGCCUCGGGUGGAGUAGUGCACAUCCAACCGGUCGCGAGGAAACGUAUUAUCUAUGCCCAUUCUGACAUUCUCACACGCAGAUCAGAGUACUUUGCCACGAUGCUCAACUCGUCGUUCGCAGAGAACCUGUUCGAACCGAGGAUGCCUGGAGAGCGUAAGACGUAUACUAUCGCAGUGGAAGAAGCUGAUUUCCUUACCAUCUAUUGGCUGCUGAAAUGGGUAUACGCCAACUGGUUGCUUUUUAAGGAACAAGACGACCCGAAGGCAGCUGUUGACGGUGUCGGGGCAGGGUGGAGUGCGAAGUCUAUCAGUAACUCCACCGAUGAGUGGGGAUGGAAGGCCUUCAGCAAGACGGGUUUCAGUGAUUUACUCCAGGAUUCUGGGUUGACUAGCGAUACAAGAAGCGCAACAAGUGGAGAAAGCGUUCCGGCUGCUAGUCGAAGGUCCAAAGGCAAACUUUCAGCUGGUCCAAGCCAAGACAAUUUGAAAUCAACAGGUGCCACUGGUCUGAGGGUCUCAGCAGCUUCAACUACAAAUACAUCGGGUGCUACUCGACCACCUCCUUCACCGACACGUCGUUCAACGGGUGCGCCUUCUAACGCUGGUAAUCAUUCCACAUUAGCAACUAUGAAUACUCCAACCUCUCCUUCUCGUUCUUCUGCGAAGACAGUGCCUGUCCCGGUUACCACCAGUAACGCUAAUUAUCCUCCCGGUGCUGCUCACUAUCCUGUUUCUCCUCGCCAACAACGGCAGCGUUCACGUCCAACGCCUGUUGCAAUUGCCGACCCUCAUCCUCAUCCUACUCCUACACCGCCCCCUGCUUCUGCGCUUUCUAUGUAUCAAGUGGCACAUAGAUAUUCGAUGCCAGGAUUAGCAGCCCUUUCAUUAGAGCACAUGAUGUCCACAAUUACUCCUCAAUCUAGCUUCGCCUUGCUGUUGGCCACUUCAGCCUGGGAUGAGUUACAUGGCCUUGUAGAGGAUUAUGUUGUUGAGAAAUGGGAUGAGGUUUCCCUGUCCCCAGAGUUCGAACAAUGCUGCCAAGAAGUUGCUGCCGGCGAAUGGGGUCCCGAAGGCGGAAAGACUAUGAUGGCCCUAUUCAGACGGUUGCGUUCUCCUAAUGCAGCUACAUACGCCAGGGCGUAGCCCCCUCCUCUUCAUGCCAAAUUCAAUGGAUCAUUCACCUCUUCGCGGCAUCUUUUUGAACCAAGUGCUAUUAAACAAUGUUGCGCCUCGGACAGCAUGCUAUGCCCUUGAGGGUAUACAUACCCAGGCUCAAAUGACAAUUGAACUACUAUAUACCUGUCAUAUAUUGUGCGAUACCGUAGACCAAUAUGGGUUGUUAUGCACGACUUGAGUUUUUUCAAAGCAAUGCAAUCAUUGUGUUUGUUCAAUAUCACUGUACUUGAAUGUUUGCAUACUUCGCAUAUUGAUCAUGAUCUCUGGCGCCUUCCAAGUGCAGCUUCGCUUCUAUUCUUGCUUCCGACCUCUUCAGGCGUUGUCUCGUUUCCAUUUCUUUUUUAUUACCAUCCCCUAUACAACCUUUCAUUACUUCUUGAAAUC